CGGAACCGGAAGUGGAGCCGGAUCCUGGGAGCGGCGGGUGAGGUUCGCGCGGCGGGCGCGGGGCCGACCCGGGCGGACCGACCCAGCGGCGACGGAAUCAUUCCCAAAUGCCUGGAAGUUCUUCAUUGGAUUACUGUGUUUUAAACAGAGUUUUGUGACCAGCCUUUCAUCUUCAGCCGGAAAGAAAGAUGUGGAAAGCUUCGGCAGGCCACGCCGUGUCCAUCACCCCGGAUGAUGGGGGAGCUGACGACUGGGAAACUGACCCCGAUUUUGUGAAUGAUGUCAGUGAAAAAGAACAAAGAUGGGGCGCCAAAACUGUGCAGGGGUCCGGGCACCAGGAGCACAUCAACAUACACAAGCUGAGAGAGAAUGUUUUUCAAGAACACCAGACCCUUAAGGAGAAGGAGCUGGAAACAGGACCAAAAGCCUCCCAUGGCUAUGGAGGGAAAUUUGGCGUGGAACAAGACAGAAUGGAUAAAUCAGCUGUCGGCCAUGAAUAUCAGUCAAAACUUUCCAAGCACUGCUCGCAGGUUGACUCAGUCCGGGGUUUUGGAGGCAAGUUUGGGGUCCAGAUGGACAGAGUUGAUCAGUCUGCUGUGGGCUUUGAGUACCAAGGCAAGACCGAGAAGCACGCCUCCCAGAAAGACUACUCGAGUGGUUUCGGCGGCAAGUACGGUGUGCAGGCUGACCGCGUGGACAAGAGCGCCGUGGGCUUCGACUACCAGGGCAAGACAGAGAAGCACGAGUCACAGAGAGAUUACUCCAGAGGCUUUGGUGGCAAGUAUGGCAUUGACAAAGACAAGGUGGACAAGAGCGCUGUGGGCUUCGACUACCAGGGCAAGACGGAGAAGCACGAGUCACAGAGAGACUAUGUGAAAGGGUUUGGAGGAAAAUUUGGUGUGCAGACAGACAGACAAGACAAAUGUGCCCUUGGCUGGGAUCACCAGGAGAAAUUGCAGCUGCAUGAAUCCCAAAAAGAUUAUAAGACUGGUUUCGGAGGCAAAUUUGGUGUUCAGUCCGAGAGGCAGGACUCCUCUGCUGUGGGGUUUGAUUACAAGGAGAAACUGGCCAAGCACGAGUCCCAGCAAGACUAUUCCAAAGGAUUUGGUGGGAAAUAUGGCGUGCAGAAGGAUCGGAUGGAUAAGAACGCUUCAACCUUUGAAGACGUUGCAAAGGUGUCCUCUGCUUACCAGAAGACGAUCCCUGUCGAAGCCGUCACCAGCAAAACCAGUAACAUCAGAGCCAACUUUGAAAACCUUGCCAAGGAGAAGGAGCAGGAGGACAGGCGGAAGGCGGAGGCGGAGCGAGCACAGAGGAUGGCCAAGGAGAGGCAGGAGCAGGAGGAGGCCCGGAGGGAGCUGCAGGAGCAAGCCAGAGCCAAAAAGCAGACGCCCCCUGCGUCCCCCGCUCCGCAGCCAGCUGAGGAGGGGCCGCCCACCAGCCCCGUCUAUGAGGACGCGGCUUCAUUCAAGGCAGAGCCAAGCUACAGUAGCCCCGAGGGCGGGAGUGAGCCGGAGCCUGUGUACAGCAAGGAGGGCGCCGACUACCAGCAGGCCAGCAGCCUGCAGGGCCCGGCCUAUGCCCCGGAGGCUGUCUAUGAAACCACAGAGGCCCCCGGCCACUACCAAGCAGAGGAAAAUGCCUAUGACGAAUAUGAAAAUGACCUGGGGAUUACGGCCAUUGCCCUCUAUGACUAUCAGGCUGCGGGAGAUGACGAAAUCUCUUUUGACCCUGACGACAUCAUCACCAACAUCGAGAUGAUCGAUGACGGCUGGUGGCGUGGGGUGUGCAAGGGCCGCUACGGGCUCUUCCCUGCCAACUACGUGGAACUGCGGCAGUAGGUGCCCACCAUGCUGCAGGUCAUGCCUCCGCCUGUCCUCCUUUCAUCUUUGAGGGUGGGGUGGGGAAUAUACAUACUGCUUUUAUAUUUCAUACUUUUGCUGAUGCUUUCGACAAUGUUUACGCCACAGAAUUUGCUAAUAUAUUGUAUGAUGUUCCUGGGAGGACUUUGGUAAUUGUUUUUAUGCAUUUAAGGUGUUUUCCUUCUUUGCCAAAUAGACUGUCAAGUGUAGCCACUUCAAGGACCUUUAGUUCUCUUGAGGUCAGUAGUGUGUGUUGUCCCUGUGCCCAUCUCGAGCAGGCAGGGUCCUGAAGGACAAACCCAAGGUCUUUCAUGCUGAUAUCUGGCUCGAUGGUGGGUCCUGGGUGAGGGUGUCUCUGGGAGUCUCAGUGUUUGGAAGAAGAGGGAAAGUCCUGAUGGAAAGUCACAAUGGAGGCAAACGGCUAGAAAGCACAGCAGCUUCAGCAUUGGGUGGAGAACCCCACACCUGUCAUCUGUGACAUCCCCAGGUGCUCAGAGACUUGAAGCAAAGAGCCGGUCUUUCUCCUGGGCCGCCUUCUUGGCUCGUCCUGUCUCUACACCUUCCCUGAUGCCUUGUCUCAGGAGGGUGGCUGAGCCUCUACUCCUGCCCCCGCCAUGGAGUCUCUGAGUCCUUCGAAUGGUCCCUUCUCUCGCUUGCCUCCAGAUCUGGACCCACAGUGCAAGGCUCUGGGGCUUACCGGGAAGGUGGCGGCUAGUGCUGGGCUCAGCCUAUUGGCACUAGGCCUGCGUCUUGACCACCGCUCAGUCUCCUGGACGUGGUGUAGCUGGGGAUGUGGUGUGUAUGUCUGUUGUGACAAAAUGGUCCCCCAGCCGUGGGAAGGCAGGGACUAUUGUGAACUGCCAGAAACAUUCUUCCCAUCCAGGGAGUCGUGCUGUUUUUGCUAAAAUAUGAUGUUCAAUUACAGUAAAAUUUGAUCACUUGACUUGGCUAAAAAUGAGUGUUCCUGCCCCAGAUGCCCUGGGGCAGCCCUUGGACACUGCUGGCCCCUCACUGCAUGGAAAAACCCACCUCCCCCGAGAAACCAGGAGGCUGGACCAGUCUAAUCACGCACACAGUCGGGUGGACAGUGUCUCUUUCCAAAAGCUCACGUGGACAUGUCUCAGGUGUUUGGGGCAUUGGAUGAUUGUAAGGCACGUGCUUUCUUUCCUGAAGUGCAUUUCUGCAUAAUCCUUCUUUACCACAGCUAGGUUGGGUUUUAUAUGCAACUUGCUGUAUCUGAAUUUCUGUAGCACACCUCAUAGAUAUGGUUUUUUAAAAUUAAAUACUCAGAAUAAACUUUU